AUGCAUCAACCAACAGAUGUGUACCUGCAACUUGCCAAGAGAAUAUUGAGGUAUAUUAAGGGUUCUUUAGGAUCAGGUAUUACUCUAAAUGGUAGAGAUUGUUCUCAUAUAACAACAUACAGUGAUAGUGAUUGGGCAGGCUGUCCUGAUUCUAGAAAAUCCACAAGUGGUUAUUGUGUUUAUCUUGGAGAAAAUCUUGUGGCCUGGUCCUCCAAGAAACAGCCUAUUGUGGCUCAGUCUUGCACUGAAGCAGAAUACAAAGCAUUAGUUGUUGCUUCUUCUGAAGUCAGAUGGGUGUCAUAUAUCUUGGAUGAAUUGGGUGUUCCUUUGAAGACUCCUUGUACUGUUUAUUAUGUAUUGUGA